GCAAAAUUUUACCAUGCUAGAACGACCCCAAGCUGAAGAACCCCUGAUAGCUACCUAGCCAAGCCUUAAGUCCCUACAACAUGAUCCCUGUCUUCAAGUCUUCGCUGUAGUUGGGUCGCUUCUAGAGGUUCGAAAUACGGUCUCCUCGGGCCCCGCUCAACUCGACAUCUCGAAGCUUCCUACGAGUUUUGGGGUUACGGAACAGCAUCUGUUCUAAGAAAGAAGCAUCAUACCUCAUUACGGGUCAUUUUAAGCUUAUCAAAAGGCACUUUUGCAUUUUGGUUUUCGGCUAUGCGGGCUAAAUUGACAAUACGACAAUUGAUGCACGUAGAGUGACAUCGCAACUGAAGAUCACGAAGCAAAAUAACAUGUUAUGACAACAUCCAAUAUAUUUUUUCUGAAGAAAAAAGGGGGGUUUUGGUUCCAUUCGUACCUAUGACAUAGGUUUGAUCGACGCGAUGGGCAGUCGAUAUAAGUAGAAACGAACAUCCUCGGUCAUCUAAAGCUGAGCAUAACACGGUCAUGCGAAAAUCACCCAACUAAUCACCACCUGGCCAUCACAAUGCAUCUCUCAAACUUCUUAACGUUAACGUCCCUCUUCCUCCUACCUACCGCCCUCGCACAGUCUACGGGCUGCGUAGAAGGCAGCAACUGCAGUUCCUGCGGGUGGUACUGCAACCAAGGAUGCAGCGCGCCACUUGAUCGCACCGAGUGUAAUCGGUGUCUAUACUGUCGGCGCGAGAGCUCAUCGUGUGGUUUUAUUGAUAUCAGUGAUACAUGGACGCAUGAUGCACCAAGCGACGAGCUAUGUGCCGCCUGCAACGAUGGAUGUUGGUGUCAUGGCGAUUGGUAUUGCAUGGACACUGCUACCGCAGCCCCACCUGGGUCACCGCCUACCCCGAAACCUACGCCGACGGGAUCUGCGCCGUUGGCAGCAAAGGCUACUAUUUCGCCCUAGAGAGGUUGACUGAAGAGGGGAAGGACGGAAGCGGCCUGUGUGAUUUUGACAAGGAGCUCGCAUCAUCGUGACCCAGGCAUAGAAACGAAGGGAUGAACGUUCACAUUGAAGGUGGAAAAUAACUUGGUCGCCGCAGUUUUUUAUUUCGCCGGAAGAUACCUUCCGUCAAUUCGAAUUACUUAGUGUUGGGUUAUGUGGUGGAUAUCAUGGAGUUUGGAUCCUUCAAGAGCAGGGGCUUGUAUAUACGGCGGAACUUUAGGGAGUUUUUACGCACUUCGUUCUCGGGAUAUUAAUUCCAUGAGGAUUAAGAUUAUGAGGAAUUGUGUACCCUUUUAAUUAUUUGUACUUCAAUAAUACACAACGAAAUAUUAUUUUGGGGGACUUUGCAG